UGUAUUUAAUUUUAAAUUCAUGUAACAUACAUGCAUGGUAAUGGACUUACAAUUAUUGUUUUAAGUCAGCAUGUAUAUAACAAAGGUUUAUUCAUGCAGUAUUUGGUCGACUUCGUAGAUUGGGGUUAAUGCUUCUCAAUUUUUUGGGAAUCAAACAAAUUUAUGAUUUGAAGUUGACCCAUCUCUAUGCCCUUGAGAUCCUUCGCUGUAUGGGUAACCAUGUUUCAACUUUUAAAGUCGAAGCUGUCAAAAAUUGCUCAGUGAAUGACGCGAUGUUUGAAGCCGCCAAGCUCGGCAUAGUUGAAUUCGUCAUUGAGCUAUUGAGAGUCACCCAACCAAUCAUUUACCGGAGAAGAGAGGAUAGAAGAGACGUUUUCAUGAUUGCAAUCCAACACCGUCAAGAAAGCAUUUUCAACCUCCUAUAUGGCACUCAUGAGGCCUGGAAAGGCCGAAUUAUUAAUUGGAAAGAUAAAAAAGGGAACAGUCUGUUACAUGUGGCAGGGGAGAAAGAUCCUAACUUUCAACAUGCUCGAAUCUCUAAUUCAGCGUUCCAGAUGCAAAGAGAAUUACAAUGGUUUAAGGAGGUGGAAAGAGUUGUUCCAGAAUGGUGCAAAGAAUGUAAAAAUCAAGAAGGUAAAACUCCUUAUGAAGUAUUUACAGAGAGCCACAAGGAAUUAGUGAAAGAGGGGGCCGAAUGGAUGAAGAAAACAUCAGAAUCUUUUACUUUUGUCGGUGCUCUCAUCGUUACGAUCUUGUUUGCUGCAGCUUUUACUCUUCCAGGAGGCAACGAUCAGAAUACCGGGUUUCCCAUGUUUUUACGAAAAAGAUCGUUUAUGAUAUUUAUAAUAUCUGAUGCAGUUUCCUUCUUCGCUGCAUCAACUUCAGUUCUAAUGUUUUUGGGAAUCCUCACAUCGCGCUCCGCCCAAGAAGAUUUUCUUGAGUCCUUACCCAGGAAGUUGAUCAUUGGCCUCUCCACUCUUUUUAUUUCUAUUGCAGCAAUGAUGGUUAGCUUUUCAGCUGCUCUUUUGAUUACACUUCAAGAUCAAUGGUGGGCAAUCAUUCCCAUAAUUAUGAUGGCUAGCAUUCCAGUUACACUUUUUGUAUGGUUGCAGUUUCCCCUCCUCGUUGAAAUUUUUGUCUCGACAUAUGCUCCACGAAUUUUUAACAGAAAAAUGAAGCCUUGGCUAUAGUGGAGAGCAGGUUGAUUGAUGUUUUUGGAACGUAAGUGAGCAGUUUUCCCUCCAAGUUGAAAUUCUUCAGCUUGUUCUUUGGUUAUGUUUGUUGGAACUCCCAAUUUCUCUGUUUUAUUUGGUUGGAUUAUCAGAUUUCAUGCUUUUGAUUAUGAGAGUGUGGUCGAUCUAUGUACCUUCCCUUUGUGUAAAAACAAUAUUAAUCAUACAUGUUUGGUUAUAUUUUCAGAUUUCUUGCUUUCUUACUUGUAAAUAAAUGAUUGAUGUCCUG